GGCAUAGCAGGUGUGAGAAUCAAAAACUGUCACACACAGAAAUACGCACAUCCACACAGAGUGAGAAAGAGGGUGGAGAAUGAAAUAAAUUCUCACAGAGAGAGAGAUAAACACAAGAGAGUGAGCCAGCUGAGUGAGAGUGAGAGAAAGAGAGUGAUUGUGAGAUACUGAAACACACAAGCACAGUGAGACAGAGGGACGAUUCAAGAGAGAGAGUGAGGAGACUGAAGAGGGAUUGUUAGGGGAAGAAACGGGAAGAAUUGGAUUUAGAGGCAAAAAAGAGGGACCAUGCUGAGGAGGAAGAGGAGCGUGUCCUUCGGUGGAUUUGGAUGGGUUGACAAGUCUACCAUUAGUGCCCUUCGAGCUCGGAAGCAAGAGUUGCUGACCAUCUCCAAUGUGCCCCUGGCAGACUGUCCUCCCUCUCCCCCAAGAACCGCCCCUCCCGCCAUGAAGUCCACUCAGUUCUUUGAUGUGCUAGAAAAGAUGGAGCAGGUUUCUGAAAUGGAGGAAAUGAGGCCUAGCCCACAAAGAAUAAAGGAUGAUUACAUUCCAUACCCACGGAUAGAUGAGGUGUUACAGCAGGGUGAGCCGUACCCUCAGGUCAUCCUGCCUCAGUUUGGGGGUUACUGGAUAGAAGAUCCUGAGGCCCCUGCCGCCAUUCCGAACUGGGAGAACGGUUGCUAUGACGAGGAAGAUGGAGAGGGAGGGAAUUCCGGAGAGUUUGGUUACAGACUGGAGAGUAACUUCGCUAUUCGAGCGUACCGCAAGCACUUUCUGGGCAGGGAACAUCUGAACUUUUAUUGCACAGCCAGUAACCAUGGCAACCUCGUACUGUCCCUCGGCCACGAGGAGGUGAAGGAGCAAGAGCACCUGCACAUCAUUCUCAGGACUCCAUCAAAGACAAUCUAUGACAGGAUCUCUUUGACGGGUUUAACUGAGCUUCCCAGUAUCCCACAGUUAGCUAAGCUUCUAUGUGAAGAUAUUGUGGGUCUGAGGUUUAGUCCUGUGCUUUACCCAAAGGGCUCUCAAUUAAUCGUGAACUAUGAUGAGCAUGAGUUAAACAACACCUUUAAGUUUGGUGUCAUCUACCAAAAGUUUGGGCAGACCUCAGAGGAGGAGUUGUUUGGCAACAGCGAGGAGACUCCAGCCUUCACAGAGUUCCUCAGAGUGCUGGGAGACUGUGUAGAGCUGCAGGACUUUAAAGGGUUUCGAGGUGGUUUGGAUGUUUCUCAUGGUCAGACAGGGUCUCAGUCUGUGUACACUGUGUUCAGGGGGCAGGAACUCAUGUUUCACGUCUCCACAAAGCUGCCCUUCACAGAGGGAGACACACAGCAGCUCCAAAGGAAAAGGCACAUAGGAAAUGACAUUGUGGCUGCAGUUUUUCAAGAGGAGGCCACACCUUUUGUGCCCGACAUGAUCGCCUCCAAUUUCCUCCAUGCCUACAUCCUUGUCCAGGUGGAAAACCCUGGAACAGAUUACACCACGUACAAGGUGUCUGUCACAGCACGUGAAGAUGUGCCACAGUUUGGCCCUCCGCUUCCCAAUCCACCCAUCUUCAAAAAGGGUCCAGAAUUUAGAGAGUUCCUGCUGACCAAGCUGAUCAAUGCAGAGUUGGCAUGUUACAGGUCAAGCCGCUUUGCCAAGCUUGAGGAAAGAACACGGACUGAACUGCUGGAUAACCUUCAUAAUGAGUUACACAAGCACACACAGGCAAUUCUGGGACAACCUCUCAGUGCAGAUGAAGAGAAAAUGGAUAACGGAGGACAUGGAGGAAUACUGGAGACUAUCAAGCGGGCAAUGCGCGUGCGCAGUCACUCUAUGGAGACAAUGGUGGGCUCUCAGAAACAUGGCCGUAGCUCUACUGCAGGAGGAGGCAUGCCCAACAGCCUGAGUGGGGUCGGCCUGACCCACAGCAACACUGAGACUGCCAAGAACUCUUCUCCAGUGACAUCGAGUGCUAAGUCUCCUUUGAAGAGCCCAGUGAAGAGACGGUCUGGACUGUUUCCACGGCUGCACACCAGUAUGGAUGGACAGCCAGAGCGCCACACACGCAGUGUCCUUUGUGAUCAGAGAAGUCUAGAUAGUGGUCAACUAUCACAGGAAAUGAGAUCAGAGACAUCGUCAAACCCCAGCUCACCAGAGAUAUUGAGCAAUGAGAGACCAUCUCUCAAGCUAAAGGAGGGCAAUGGAAGGCCAGAUAUCUCUCGUUCCUCCUCCAGCACCAGCAGCUUCAGUAGUGCUGCAGGAGACCCAGAGACACUGGAGGAGAAAGAGGCUAACAACCUCCAGAUAUCUCCCAGUCUCUCACCCGUGUUUGGUUCCUUGAGCACAGAGGUUGAAAGUGCGGGCACGCCUGUGAUCAUGUGCCGCAGUCCAACAGCAGAUUUCAAGAAUAAGACCUCACCCAGAAACAGUCUGAAGUUCCGCUUUGACAGGUUGAGCCAGUCAGCUGCUGGGCAUUAGCGAAGUGACACUCAAAGAAGGCCAGAAUCAUGAAAGGAAAUGUAUAAGAACAGAAGAUCAGACACUGUCUGCACCAAGAAGGUGGGAAAUUAAAGAGGGACAUGCCACACAAGCCUGUGCUCCCAAUCUCAAUAUCACAUAAACAAGCAUAUGAGCAUAAGCACAGAGUCAGCACACUGUAUGCUCAGAUAUUUUAAUCUGGUACUGACUUUAUCUGGCAUUUCGGGUUUUUCUGCCUGACAAGGGUAAAACACAGUAACUACGCCAACAAUGAAACAGAGAAAAAUGGCUUUAAAAUGUUUUUUGUUUUAUUGUUAAUUUUGUAGAUAUUGCCAUUUUUACACUUCGUUUUCUCUGAAUCUGAGAAUAUUUGAGGCAAACCUGCCUGUCACAGGACAGAUCAUAGUCUAAGAACUAAAUUUUGACCAAAUGUGUAGUUACUGCAUUUUCCCUUUGCAUGGCAGUAUUGACCUUGCACAUUUUGAGAAUGUCUUUCACUGGCAACAGCAACAUAUUGUUGAACGUAAUAUGUUGUGAGUUACUAAAAUGACAAAUUUACAUGGAUCAGAAGCAGUGUUGGGUGUAUCCAAUUACAAAGUAAUAAGUUAUUGUAAUCUAAUAACUUUUUGUCAAAAAAGUAAUUUAACAUAUUGCAUUUUAAAUUCUUGUAAUCAGAUUACAAUACCUGGCUUUCAGUUAAAGUAAUUACUUUUAAAUACAUUACUUGCACUAAAGUUAUAUGUAUAAUACGUUUAAAAUAUUAAUUAAUAUGUACAUCUGUUAGCGUUUCUGUGAUAGCUGAAGGGUGUACGACAAUGAAUGAGGAAGAAAUAUAGACAUUUUUUGAAUUUGAGUGGAAAACCAAAAACGUUUCAGUGAAAAGUGAUUUAGAAAGUAACUUAAAAGUAAAAUAAUUAGUAAUGUGAUUACUUUUUUAGAUUAAGUUAUCAGUAAAGUAAUCUGAUUACAUUUUCAGAGAAGUAUUAAGUCAUAUGUAGUGGAUUACAUAUUUUGAGUAAUUUACUCAACAUUGAUCAUCAGUGCCCAGUUGCAUAAAACACCUUAAGUUUUUCCCUUAAAGGUGCAGUAUGUAAGAUUCAGAAACCCUUGUUAUUAAUGACACCUGUGGCCAUUAAGUGAACUGCAGCCAGCUACCUGUUGCUAGUGCUCGCGCUCGUGCACACAAUCCAUAGGGACGCGAGCAUCGAACAAAACAAUGACGUAACGUACAAAGAGACUGAACGUGAUUCACUGGCAUCAUGCUGACAGAUGAGGUAGCAUAAUUAAAAUUACACAGUUAUGAUUGUUUAACUACAAACUUUGAGACUAAACUAAAACUACUUAUCAGCUAACAUAGCAUACCGAUACACACAUACAUCUAUAUACUACCGAACUAUACCUAUAUCAGGGUCGGUUUUGAUCCUCAAAACCGAACAAAGGUCACUCCAGGAAUCAAAUACCCUGCCGAUGUUCACUCUAGUUUUCGCUCGACCAAGAUCACGUUCCCGCUUAGCCAGACGGGAUUCAGUAGAUACAUUUUUUAUUUUUUUUGGGGCUUACUCUGAGAUUGUGUAGGAGUCGGUGUUGUUCUGGGAGCCGGACGUUUGCUGGAUUCCAUCUCUAAGAUAACGUUACCUAGUGUUGCAGUUUGUUGUUGCUGUUGAAUAACGGAAGCACUGAGGCAAGGCUCUCGGGAAUGCGCAUAAAUGUCACAUCCUUUGGAUUUUCCUGGCAAAACCGACCCGUUCCCUUCGCAUGAAAAUCAGUCUACAGGCUUUAAUAGGCAACCUAGGAAGUCCGGGAAGGGCUCAUUUUUUAAGUUGUGUUACAAGUCGUUCACACAUUGGCAAAAAAAAGGUGAAUAUUACAUGAAAAUUGUUACAUACUGCAUCUUUAAGUAAGUGUGAUUUUCCCUUACAUAAGGAAAUUACAUGAGGGCAUUGCAUAUAGUGUAAUCCCUUAGACAGUUCUCUUAGCUAAGGGAAACCGUUAAGGAAUUUACUACAGUGAGCCAGAUUUUACUGUAAUAAAAUUCUACGGUUACCAUGGAUACGACAUGUCCCUACCUAUUUUCAGAAGAUCGGAAAUGUCCCGACCAACAUUUGGGCAAUUUUACCACAUGGAAAAUACUUUAACUUUAUAAUAUGUUUUUAUUUUCUUUUAAAUGACUAUUAAACUUUCUCAGUAUCAUUAUAAAUGUGUAAAUUGCCCAAAUAACAACAAAAAAAAAAAAUAAUACAUUUCCAGCAUCUUAAACAUUCCACAGCAUUUUACAAACUCACAAAAUGCACUUGACCAGUCCUAUGAUUGCACACCUGGGCAGACCUUGACGAAACUGAACACAGUAGUGAUUCAUUAUACAUUUUCAUUAAUAAAUGAAUCUGGAAUGCACUUAAAGUGUUAAAAUAUGAUGGCACGACAUUCCAUUCCUCUUUAAUCUUAAAAAAAAAAAAAAAAAAAAAGUGAAAUCCCUGGACAUUUGCCCUAAGAUCAUGCAUUGUUUGGAGGUGGUCCUUGCCACUACUGUGUUUUCUGAAACGAAGAGUAGUUUAUAACAUACAUAUUGUUAAAUAAGACUUGAUGUACUCAACUCUUUUGUUGAAAUUGGUCGUUUAUUGAAUAAUAAUGUGUACAUAUUAGAAAACCAAUAAUUACUUUUAUUUGUAUAUAUUUGUGCAUAUUCAUGUAACGAAAAUGUGCAGAAGAAUGAACAAUUCUAACGUUUGUCACAAACAGCUUAAAUGUGCAACAUUUUACACUUUUAGAGAUAACUCUAUGUUCUGUGUUAAUUUAUUUCUCUCUGAUUGUACUGCAUCAUGUGUAAAGUUUCUGUCUGACAAUGUUGAUAUUGGUAAAUAAAAUAUUGUAUUUUG